CUUUCUGUACUGCUACUAUUCUCUCUCAAUCAUUUUCAUUCAGGCGCUGGUGCAAUGAUUUUGUUUAUUUUAGAAUGCUUUUGCAUUUAAUUAUUAAGUUAUCUUAACCUCUGUUAUCUUCAACCUAGCCUAUGGGUACACUCGCAAUGGCCGCAAUCAUUGACAUGAAUGAGGAGGCCCGUUCUAUUCACUCUAUUUCUAUGGGCUACACACCAUCAUAAACACAGGAGGAGUUUGGCUCGACACAGGCAUGCUCUGGUCUCUACAGCAUGGGGAAGGAGACUUGGAUAAGGCAGGAACGAGAGAAGGUCUUACCUCCCUUGGAAUUGUAGUGCUUUACUGGAAGGUCCUUAGUGAAAAGAAAAAGUCGGCAGGGGAAUGCACAGAGAGACAAAGAUGGUAGGAGAGAGAGGAGGAGUGGAGAUGUCAAGGUAACACAGUGGAGAAAAGAGAGUGACACAGCAGAAAAUGGAACAUUAGCCAGAAGAAAAGAGAGGAAAAAUAGAAACUUUAGCCAAACAAAAGGUCAAGGAACCCUUGGUGAGUGAACAGUCACUCAGAGUCCCUAGAUAGAUCCUUCAACAGUAUCUCAUCAUGGUGAACCUGGACCUGAGGUCUCUCACCCUGCCGGUGGGCAUCAUCCGUAUGUUGGAGGUGGUCCUCACCUGUAUCUCCUUCAGUCUGGUGGCCUCGGCAGGCCAUGUGCUCUCCACACACUGGGACUGGUGCAUGUUCACCUGGUGCUUCUGCUGCUUCUUCUCCCUCUUCAUCCUCAUCAUGGAGUUCACCCGCUUCAGCGCCAAGGUGCCCAUCUCCUGGGAUGACUUCACCACAGCCUUCGCCAUGCUGGCCGCACUAAUGUGUUUCACCUCCUCCAUCAUCUACCCCACCUUCUUCACCUGCCCCACCUGCUACCGGCAGAUUGCCGCCACCGUCAUCUCCCUACUCUGUUUCGGAAUGUAUGUCGGCGAGGUGGUGUUGGCCCGUCUCCGGCCCGGUGGUGAGAUCAGUGGCUUCCUGUCCACUGUCCCGGGCCUCCUCAAGAUCCUCGAGACUCUGGUGGCCUGUAUUAUCUUCACGUCGCUGGAUCCAGCAAGGUUUUCAUUUAAUCCGGGACUGCAGUGGUGCGUGGCGGUUUAUUCCCUCUGCUUCAUCUUCGCACUUGUCAUCAUCUUCCUCACCGUUGGUCAGCUGCUGUCGCUCUUCCCCUUCUCGUUUGACAAACUGCUCACGGUCUAUAAUGUUCUGGCCACCAUGAUGUACAUGACUGCCAUGGUCAUCUGGCCGCUGUAUGGUUUCGAGAACAACCCCCGGCCCGUUCCGUGUUCCCACUGUCCCUGGGACGAUCUGGUUGUGGUGACGUUCAUGACCGUGAUCAACCUGGUGAUCUAUAUUUUGGAUACGAUCUACUCGAUAAAGGUGGUCUUCUUCACAUGGGAUGAGGAAUAGGCCAGAUUCUCAGGAACCUUCACUCCAACUUUUCCAGAACCGGUCAAUGACUGGUCAAACUCCAGCACGUUGGUAAUCUUGAUUCUCCACAUAUGGUUGAAAAGAUUCAUUACAUUUCUAGAGAAUGAAAAGUUUAUUUUCAAAUCAAUGACUGAGAGCUUGGAAGAAGAACAUUUGCAGAACAUUGGCAGAACAUUUGCGGAUGUCUUUUGCCUCAGACAUGUGGAAGAUAUUUAGUUAUUCCUAUGACACUGUAAAUGAACUCUUAUUGCAGAUGAGGAUUCUACAGGCAAGGACACACUGUUUAUCACUUGCAGCUAUUAAAGUGUACAAUAGGAAGCUGAGUUAAUGAUUGAUCGUAUCGAUUUCAUAGAAAUUAAAAUGACGGAACUUUGGAUCCUGAUGCAAAUACAAUAUGAAUGUCUAAUCUGGCAUCAUGGUAUGUGUAACCUUUCCGUUGGGCCAAAGGCACUAGCAGCAAUAUAGAUUCUGCCAAUUGUAAUAUUAAUGUUGAUCACUUCUUUCUCAGUUGUUAGACAUGUUCUCUUGUUGUACUGUUAGUUGGCUCACUAACUGCCAGAUAGUUGAUUAGCUGCUGAAGUGCUAUGUGGACUGCACACUAAAAACAAAUGGUUCUACAGUAUAUAGUGCCAAAUAAGAGUUAUUUGGCUCAUAACGAUAGUGUAUCCUAUUUUGGUACUAUAUAGAACUCUUUUUUGAAGGUGCUAUAAAGAACCAUGCUCAUAAGGUUAUAAAUGGAACUAUUAUGGUGCAAUAAAGAAACCUUUCCUAAGGUUCUAAAAAUAACUUUAAAAAAAGUUCUACAUAGCACCAAAAAGGAUUACGCUAUCAUUACAACCCUUUUUGGUGCUAUAAAGAGCCCUUUUUAAUGGUUAUUUAUAGAACCUUUAUGGUGAAUGGUUAUAUUAAAUUAAGAACCUUUCUCAAUCUCAAAGGUUCUACCUAGAACCCUUUGAAAAACCAGAGAGAGAUAUUUAUUCUUGUUAGCCAUAUACUGUUAAAAUUCCAUAGGUGUUGUUGAAUCAGGUGUGGCAGCUCUGGAACAGCUGGGGGUCCCUGAGGAGAGAAUUGAGAACCGCUGGUUUAGUUAUUUUUAAAAGACUGGAGUUGGAAGGGGACUCAACUCAGGAACUGAUCUUUCGUUAUGAUGUUGACCUUUUCUUAGAAGCCCAUAGAAUAGGGAGAGGUAAUCAGAGAAAGUUUGUGCCAGGACAGGAGACCUUCUCCAUUGAAGUGUACCAUCUUUCAGAUGCAGACAUAGGGUGCAUUCAAAAUGUCCAGUAGUGCACUAUAUAGGGAGUAGGGUGCCAUUUCGGAGGCAUCCAUAGACACUUCAUUCUGUCAGCUUUUGAAUGGGCUUGACGAUUAUAUCCUCAAAUUCAUGAAAACACAGUCAUGUAAGACAUAUAAAAACUGAUAUUCGUGUUUGUGGAUUAAUUUACUUCUGUCAGAUGCCUUUCACUCUACGGGAUCGGUGUCCCACCCUCGGGACGGUUGAGCUAACGUGCGCUAAUGUGAUUGGCAUGACGUUGUAAGUAACAAGAACAUUUCCCAGGACAUAGACGUAUCAAAUAUGGUCUGAAAGCUUAAAAUAUUGUUAAUCUAGCUGCACUGUCCAAUUUACAGUAGCUAUUACAGUGAAAUAAAACCAUGCUAUUGUUUGAGGAGAGUGCACAGUUAUGUACUUGAAAAUGUAUCAAUAAACCAGUUAGGCACAUUUGGGCAGACUUGAUACAACAUAUUGAACAGUAAUGCAAUGGUUCAUUGGAUCAGUCUAAAACUUUGCAGAUACACUGCUGCCGUCUAGUGCGCCUGGACUCCUCAGUGAUAUGAUGGCCUUUCUAUUGCAUUUCAAAGUUGAUGGGACAAAAACAAAUAGAAAACGCAUGUUUUUCUUUGCAUGAUCUUUUACCAGAUCUACUGUGUUAUAUCCUCAUAAAUUAAAUUCACAUUUCCACAAACUUCAAAGUUUUGUUUUUCCAAUAUGCAUGACCUUGCUUCGGGUCCUGAGCUACAGGCAGUUAUAUUUGGGCAAAAAGUGAAAACAAUUUGCCUGUUGAAGACCAUUCAAAAAGCCUACAAAAUACUUGCAUAGCGUAUAGCAGUGAUUGACAACCAAAAUCUACGGCAACAUGCUAAGAAUAGAGAUGUGUGAAUGAUUAAUGACACACAUUAAACUUUGUUUCCUCUCAGCUCACUGUGUGAUUGAACCAGAGAGAGCUGGACAAGGGCUGUGCAACUGAAACAAAUGUUCAGAUAAAUAUACAGUUGAAGUAGGAAGUUUACAUACACUUAGGGUUGGAGUCAUUAAAAUUUGUUUUUCAACCACUCCACAAAUUUCUUGUUAACAAACUAUAGUUAUGGCAAGUCGGUUAGGACAUCUACUUUGUGCAUGACACAAGUAAUUAUUCCAACAAUUGUUAACAUAGAUUACUGCAUCACUGUAUUAUAAUUCCAGUGCGUCAGAAGUUUACAUACACUAAGUUGACUGUGCCUUUAAACAACUUGAAAAAUUCCAG